UUCCUCUGUACUAGGGCCAAUUUUCCAUGGACACCACCAGCAAACCAGUGAUUUCAGCUUGUGCUGACAUGCUGAAAUCCGGCCAGCGUCACAUGAGAUAUAAGCUGAAGAAGAAGUACUUCGAUAAUGUACCAGUGAGUCAACUGAUUACCACAUCAUCUGUGUCAUCGAUGGAUGAUAAUCAAUGGGUAGAACUCCUGAAGAUGUGGUCAAGCCCACAGCACUAGGAAACGUGUCUUGCAAACCAGCGGAACCGUGAGAAAGCCCAGAUGCAUCAGCGCACAGGCUCCCGGUGCUACGUUGAACAUGCCCAUGCCUUGAGAGAUAAAUUCAAGGAUGAAGAGCCCACCCCGGUGGAACUGUUCAGGGAGUUCCAUUCAUCACGGAAAACUGGUUCUGUUAGUGAGACAGUUCAGAAAGCUCUUGAUGAUAUGGAAGCGAUGAUGGAAGAACCUGUACAAGAGGGACAGGAACCGAUGUCUCCUGGUCGUGCUGUUCGUGAAGUUGUUGGAGCAAGUACCUUUCUUGAAGUUGUGGGCCUUGAACCGAAGACAAAAAGCAGAGGUUCCGUUUCUUCCCGGUUGGAAGCUCUGACGGCUGAACUUGAGCGCGACAAAGCCGAAGGUCGACAAGUUGAACAAAUAGUUGAACAAUAGAGGAGGGAGAUUGAUGCCUUGCGGAAGCAAGGGCAAGAAGCGAGAGACUCAAACUGCACUUAGAGGACUUUAGAUAUGAAGAGGAAGGUCAGAUGCAUCCUUCAUCUCUGACAUCUGAAUGAUGAUCUUCGUUUCUAGUCUCAUUAGUUCGGGUGUGAUUACUGAUCUCUGUGUGUUGUGUUCGUGGGGCACCAUUUUGUAAUGUGGCGUCAUUUUGUGA